AUGGCCGCGCCCACCAGUGAAGAACCGAUCGACUUCCACCACCCUUACACCCCCUACCCGGUCCAGCUAGAGUUCAUGCGCACGGUCUAUGAUGUUCUGGAGAGAGGGAACGGCCAAGUCGGGAUUUUGGAAUCGCCUACUGGUACAGGGAAGUCGCUUUCGCUUAUCUGCUCUGCGAUCACCUGGUUGAGGAACCACAAGAGGAAGGGGUUUGAUGCUGGGUUGGAUGAGACGAGGAGGCAGAUGGUGGGGGAGCCGGAGUGGAUGGUGGAGACUGCGCUGAGAAGGAAGAGGGAGGAGUUGGUGGGGAAGUGGGAGGAGCGGGAGGAGAGGUUGGAAAGGUUGAGGACGACGGAAUCUGAUGAUGCGCCAGCCCUCCCGUGCCGUUCGUACAAUGUCAACUUCUGUUCUUUAAACGUGCGUCCGAGUGGAUGCCCUGUGGCUUGUUCGCUGAGCUUGACC